AUGCCAAGGUCGUUCCUGGUGAAAAAGGUGAAACUAGAUGAUUUCUCCACCGGAGCGGAUUUGGAGAACGUCUACCGGCACAGGACAGACCUCAGCCUGCGGCUCCAUGACAAAGCCGGUUACAUCAGUGACUACAUCAGCCCUGUUGUGUAUGAUGGUGAGAGUGAUGGUGGGAUCAAGGUGCCCUCCCCUGACCCCCUCUAUGAUGGUAUCCACAGUGACUACGGGGCCCCUGACUCUGAGUCUCCUGACAGUCCUGGCUCAGAAAUCACUGACGGUUACAUCAACGGUGAUGCUGCUGUGAGUGAGGGUUACACAGUCGAUGCCUUCUUCAUCACCGACGGCCGCUCGAGGAGGAAAGCUAUCAGCAGUCCCAGGACCAUCCAGAGGCACACCUGCAAUGAGUGCGGAAAAACCUACGCCACGUCUUCCAACCUGAGCCGGCACAAACAGACCCACCGCUCGCUGGACAGUAAGCUGGCAAAGAAAUGUCCAACCUGCGGUAAGGUGUAUGUGUCCAUGCCCGCCAUGGCCAUGCACCUGCUCACUCACGACCUCAAGCACAAGUGUGAUGUGUGUGGGAAAGCGUUCAGUCGACCCUGGCUUUUACAGGGCCACAUGCGGUCUCACACAGGUGAGAAGCCAUUCGGAUGCGCCCACUGCGGGAAGGCCUUCGCAGACCGCUCGAACCUGCGCGCUCACAUGCAGACCCACUCGGCCUUCAAGCACUUCAAGUGUAAACGCUGCAACAAGACCUUCGCGCUCAAGAGUUACCUGAACAAGCACUACGAGUCUGCCUGUUUCAAAGGCCCCUUCUCUCCUCUCGGCCCCCUAGAUGAAUGA